ACUUCUGCUCAGAAUUUGUGGACGGUCCCUAACUGGUCCCCGUGCGAUGUUCAUGGAACCGCUCUGACUGACUAUUGUUGAGCUCCGGUGGAGAGAGAGCAAAGUUAGUGAAGAUGCGUUGAAGCCAAGAAACUAUCAGGUACCCGCACUUCAGUUCUCUGGAGCGGUUUUACCGAGUGAGGAGCAGCAGACCGAUGAGACGGUCUAAACAACUCUUCAGAAAUGAUUAACCUCAAGGCAAAGAAGGAUUUUCAACCUCCACUUUAAAGCCAAAUACAGUUUAUUUAUUUACAUUUUUUCAGUUUUUACUCAGUGGUGUGCAUAAUACCAUUAACACACACAGCAACUGGGGACAAUGUCUUUUUUAAUGAAAAAGAAGAAGUUCAAGUUUCAAGUGAAUUUCACAUUGGAGGAGCUUACAGCAGUGCCUUUUGUCAAUGGAAUGCUCUUCUGUAAGAUCCGGCUCAUUGAUGGUGGGGACUUUGCCGUCUUGUCAUCCAGGGAGGAAGUGCAGCAGAACUGUGUUCGAUGGAAAAAGAAGUUCUCUUUUGUGUGUAAAAUGAGUGCUAAUCCAAUCACUGGAGUGUUGGACCCCUGCAUUUGCAGGGUCUCUGUACGUAAGGAACUCAAAGGAGGAAAGGCCUUCUCAAAGUUAGGAUUUGCUGAUCUCAAUAUUGCAGAGUUUGCUGGAUCAGGCUCCACAGUUCGCUGCUGCAUCCUGGAAGGUUAUGACACCAAAAACACUCGACAGGACAACUCAAUCCUCAAGGUAACAAUUGGGAUGACUCUUCUGUCUGGGGACCCCUGCUUUAAGACGCCUCCCAGCACAGCCAAAUCUGUCUCCACAGGGGACGAGGACCCCACUCUACAGCUAGACUGUAAGGGAGAGAGUACUGAUGCCACAGUGCAGCCACUAGGGGGCAUCACAGAGGGCACUCAUGCCUUCAAACCGCGACAGUCGUCACUACGUAGUUCAGUCAGGUGUCAGUGUGUGCUUCCUCUGUGUGCUCUGACCACAGGGCUGCCUGAGGAGGGAGAGAGCGUGUCCAGCCCAGAUGAGGUCUUUCACACCGGUCAUUUCCGCAGCUCCAGCUAUGCCAGCCAGCACAGCAAGAUAUCAGGCUACAGCACAGGUCACUCUCGCUGCUCCAGCCUCACUGACCUUAGUCACCAUAGGAAUGCCUCCUCCAGCAGCAGUACCUCAUGCGGGUUUGCCCACCCUGCCCAGCCACCUCCCUCCACCCCAACUGAGCCUCACAGACAGGCAACUCCUACCAAACCAGAGAGGCCUCCUCCACCAUCUGCAGCAGCCAUCAUGUCCAACAGAUCCUCCAGGAGGAAGAAGGACACUGUGGAGAGGCAGCCCAGCUGUGUGGACGACACUCGCAUUGAUGCAGAUGACAUUGUGGAGAAAAUUGUCCAGAGCCAGAACUUUUCUGACAGUAGCAACAAUGAAGACAGCAACUUGAGACUGUUUGUUAGCAAAGAUGGGACCACUGCCCUCAGUGGGACACUUGCCAACAGAGGAACACCUGGUAUUUUUGAGCCGGUAGUCAUCGAGACUCACUGAAAGAUACAUCGACACAUCUCCAGCCCCAUCAGUUUGUUCAUGAUUCUGUGAUUCUGAUUGUCUGUGUAUAUGCAUACUUGUCUUCAGUGCACACAGCUUGAUAUAAGACUACUAUGAUAUAGAUAUUGAGCCUUACCAUACUUAAUCAGGUGGUUGAAGGUGUGUAGAAUACAACUACUGUAUUUUCUCAAAUAGUUGACAGGGCCUUGUUUUAACUCAAAUGAAGAAAGAACAGGGCCUUUAUUUCUAAUUUUACUGGUGCAAAUAGUUAUAGUGCCUGUUGUUUGCUGUUAAUUAAUUUCCAAAUAGUGAGAAGUGCAGAACCUGGCAAGUAUCAGGCUUAAAGGUUUUUUCUUGUUCUCUUGUAAGAAGCAGUGAGCGUCUUUACUCACUGUCCUCACUGACUGGAAGUAACAUUACAACACAUCCAACAGAACCAUAAACAGGUAGUAGGUCACAAGGUAGUAGGUCUUUUUCACAGUAGACAUGUUGACAUGUCAUUGUAGGAAAAACACGGGUGUAACUAAUAAAAUAAAUAAUGUAAAUGAUUCCAUAUAGCUGCUUCAGUUUCAGGGUCCUCGUACUGUAUAUGCUGGAUCACUGUCACAAUUUCCUGGCUUACUUUGACACUUGAAUAGACCAGAGCAAUUCUUAAUGUUAUCAGCAACAAACACCUGUGCUUUUCCUACUGCAGUGAGUCAGAAUGUCUGCUCUAAGUAUUUUAUUGACAUCAACUGCCAAGCAACAAUCAACUGGUUAAACAACAACUGGUUAAACCAGCUUGCAGCUAAUAAAGGUAGACAGUUUGUUAAAGCAAGCACUGACGAAAAUUAAUGAGACACUAAAAUCAAACAUCAUGCUGCACCAUACACUAUUAAAAUCUGCUGUACAGUAUUUUCACAGUUACAGAACUGUGAUAAUGUCAUCUGUGUCCUAAAUUUCAACUAAUCAGUGUUUCAGUGAUCUAAUUAACUGUACAGGGAUUCUCUAUGUACCGAACAAAGGACCAGUCUGAAACACACCUAGUCAAACUGACCAGUGCUAAGUGCACAAAUUACUUGAACAAUACCCUGAAAACCACUGCAUUGUGAGAAGUGUAGUGCAACACUGAAAAAAUGCCAUGUUACGGAUGGUCUUGUCAGCGCUUUAAGUUGAACAUUUCUGAGUGUGCUGUCAACAAGUGGUACCUGAUCGUCUAACAUAAUACAAGACAGUGCAUACCAAUGGUAAAGUCAGACCAUGAAAUCCACUGUCCACUUGAUGGACUGCUGUAAACGGUGUAUCAAGUUAAUCUCCAUAUAACUUAAUUUAUGUUUAUAAGGACAUACACAGGGACAAACACAAGAGUUUAUGUCUGGAGUCAUUUAUAUAUCACAGCAGCCCUUUCACUGCUCCAGUUCUUGUUAUGAAUGAACCACUGACUGAAGACCACACGAGUCAAAUGCCUUAUGAGUAUGUUGUGAUAAUAUUCUAACUCUACAAGUUGACGAGCACCCACUGGAUGCAGCACAAGAGCCAUCAAAGGCUCAUACUGAGGGCAGAUGUCCUUAAGACAGACUGAGUCAAAAUCAGCCUGGAGUUGGAACAGAAGCUUUAAUGCUAUGUGAUGACUGUGUACAGUACAUACUUAUUAUACUGUUUUGCACAUGUGUUCUCUUUGGGGAGGAUUGUUAUAAACUGCUAAAAGGAAAUGGAGAUGGUACGGUCAUCUAAAAUGGCUUAUGACAUGUUCUUUUUUUAAAUUUCUUUAUUUCAAUUUCAAUUUAUUUAUUUUUUAUUUCAAUGCUCUUGCUUUAGGACAAAAUAUAAUUUAGUGAAUCUGUCAGUAGUUUUUCCUCCUGAAAUAACACAAAGUCUGUGUUCAUAUGGCUUGCCAUAUGUAACCGUCCAUUCCCUGCACUUGAUAGUACUAACUCACUUUGUGAAUCUGAAUGCUCUUCUCAACUCAUCAAGAAUCAGGAGUUUCCUGCUGUUUACCAGGAGUUUGUCAAACUUUGGUCAGAUUUCCGAGGAUUCUUGCCUAUAUUCACAUUCAUUACACAUAUGGACAGCUUGUGUCAUUUUAGAGACUCUGGCAAAUGGAUCACUGCUGAUGAUCAAUUGACUAGUGCUGGACCUAAUUGUUUGAAGAUAUUUAUAUAAAUUAGUAAACUAACUUCAUUUAGCCAACUGAUAUAGGCUGAGAUUAAUGGGCCUGACAAGAAGCACACUGGCCUUCUCAUUUCACAAUAACUGCACAUUAUCUACCAAAAGAUGAACUUCAGCCAGAACCCAAAGUACUUUGUAGUUUUAGGCAGUUCCUGCUUUGUGAAGGUGCUGCAAUAUGGUGUAAGCCCAUACCUCACAGUAGAUUAACGAGAAAUCCCUAUUUUUCAGGUUAUAGUCGAAUGGCUAGUGUGUAAACUGCCCCUGUCAUUUUAUGCAUAGAGUGAGCAGUGAUAGGCUGGGGGUUGGCUGUAGUGAGGUCAGUGCUUCAGCUGCAGCACAAAGCUCCUGUUGUACCACAAGUGACAACAUAAAACAGAUCCCCACCCCCACUGGACUCUGCAACUACUGUUUCUGUACCUGCAGUAUGUGUAUGUUAAUGUAUUUGUUGAUCCUGGACUAUAUGUUUGAAUAUACCACUAUAAGUAUGCAAACCAUGUAUGUUUGACUGAUGUAAAAGUAUGUAUAACAGAUACUGGAAAGCUUCCUUUUCAUCUUUACUCUGGUCAGUUAAUCCCUUGUUAAUAGUGGGUAAAUACUGCAGGAGUACUGUAAUAAGUUUAACUGUCGGCAAAUACUUGUGAACACAAGAAACUUUUUAAUGGUUGUUUAAUGUAUCGCAUCUGAUUCUAGCAGAAUUUUCAGGAAUGUAUGUACAGUGUCUAUGAAAAAAAUUUCAAUUUCUUCGAAUAGCAGUCCAUAUUUAUCACUGAAUCAUUACACUUCUCCACAGUAUCUAUGGACAUGGAGUCAGUCCCUGUACAUAUAGAAUAUAUGGGGUUCUACUCAAAGAACCUUGUUUGCACAUAUAACCCUCUAAUCUAUUUUCCUUUUUCAGACAAGCAGGUUGUUCUGCAAAUUUAUACUGAAUUGUAUGUUUAAGCUAAUAUCUUAUGGUGGGGAUGGGACUGAAGGGAUAAACAGUCAUUAUUUAUAGUGAAGGGUGUAGUCAUUACAGGACACAUAUAGCAAACGGAACUGGUUUGUUGCUGAAUUGUCUAAAUACUUAUUCUUUACUUUGCACUUGACCAUGUGUAGCCUGUGAUAUUAUUACAUAAUUACACAACUAAAUGCUUUUAUUUAUGUGGUGAAUGGGAGUUUUCUUUCCUGAUGACGGCCUAUUUGAACUGAAUCAUUGCGUAAUUAUUUUGGGAUUUUGUUGCAUUAUGUUGUUAUGUUAAAGGAUAUAUAUAUGAACUAUUGUAACUUUUGUAAUUUAUUCAAGUAAUACUACGGAAACUGGACCUAAUCUUGUUAAAUUAGGAGAAUGACAAGAAAUAUAGGUAUGAAAAAACACCUUAAUGUAUUGUGACUACGAAUACAAGUAUUUUCUCUUUUUGUGUAAAAAUCCUGAGAAAUAUAUGUAAAAGUCACAUUAAGAAUUGAGAUUAUCUUUUCUAUUAAUAUCUGUAUAUAAACAAUGCCAGUGUUGAGAAGUAAUGAAUUAUUAUUUGCCUCAACUUACAUACUGAAUAAAAUGGUAAAACCUGGA